UUAAUAUUUAAAAUGCAAAGAGAAGAAAAACAAUUGGAUUCUGCUUUGGAGGCUAUAAUUAUGAGAGUAAAUGAUUUAAAGACUGCAAUUGCUGCUAUGAUAUUUAAAUUAGAACAUGAAUAUGAAACAUUGAAUUGGCCUAAUUUCCUUGAUAAUUUUGCACUUAUUUCGGGACAUUUGACUAGUCUUUCGAAAAUUCUUGGACAUGAUAAAGCACCAAACUUAAGAAACUUAACAGUUUUACCAUUAAGAUUAAGUCCAGAAAAAGAUGAAGAAUUGCUUCGUUUAACUGAAGGUAGAAUUCCCACAUUUGCUCAUGAUUUAGUACCAGACUAUCUACGAACCAAAGUAGAGCCUCAAGCUGAGCAAAAAAUGAUGCAGCUUGAAGCAAAAGCUGCAAAUUUAAAUUAUGAGACAUCGCAUGACUGCAAUAAACAAGUAGCUCAGUAUACAAAAGUCAUUAAUCAUGUAUGGGAUAUAGCAAAUAAGGCACGUGAAGAAUGGGAAAGUGAAGCUGGGUCUAGAGCAACUCAAGCCCAAACCAGUAGUACAGCAGACACUCAUGCCCUUGUAGCAGCUGUAGGUAUGGGUAAAGGUUUAAAGUCUGACUCUGUCCAAAUGGUUCAAUCUGGUGUAAAUUCUGUACCUAGUGGAAUGAUGGUAGGUAGACCUGGAAAUCAACAACAAACUCCAGGCCAAGGGUCUUUAGGAAAUCCAUCUAUGGGACAAAUGAGUAAAGCACCAAGUGCAAUUAAAACUAAUAUUAAAGCAGCAUCACAAAUUCACCCAUACAGAUAA